AUGAUUCACACCCGCCGGAAGACGUCCUUACUGUCGUAUGGAAGGAUGAACGAGCCGUUCCGCAUGCUUGAUGGCUUGACCGCCAUCAUACAGACAGAUGAAGCCGUGAUACCACGCUUUGUCGUAGCCUCAGUGUACGAAACACCAGGAUCAGGCGAUGCGAGAAGGGAAUCCAGUCCGGCGAAUGACGAGGACGAUGAGGAAGAAGAAUCCAUCUUAUCGUCCCACAAGACAUACCAUGACGAUACCAAUGGCGAGACAGUAGCAAGUAUUACAGGAACAUGGACCGUUACGGUAGGCUGCGAGAAAGGCUGGUGGAGCACCUCACUUGACACUCAGGCUCUCCAGGAUCUACUUGGCCAUCCCAGCGUAUCGACGAGCAAAGCUCCUUAUCCCACUCGAAGCGACAUCAAAUCCUUCACCGAGCGCAUCACAUCCGCCUAUGAUCGCAAAAGCAUCCUCUUUGGCGGUAUUCGCACCAAAGACCCCUCUUCCUGGGGCGCCGUCAAACUUUUCCUCAACCCCGAAUCCGAUCCUGUUGAGCUCAAGCUACACCGACUUUCCCAAGCAGCUGCUUUGGACAUCAGCACAAAGCUCAUCCUUACCUCUUCCCUCUCCUUUCCUUCCGCUGCUAUCGCCUCAUUUAGCAGCUCAGCGUUCGAAACCCACCAAUUGCGACGUAAACUAGAAAGCACCCAACAAGCCCUCCGAGAAGAACGACACAAGUAUCGAUCACUCCUAGCCGCUCCUUCCGCCGUCAACUCGCGCACGGGGCGCAGAACCGUCGUAGGUCUAGGUCCUAGCUUACCCAGUGUCUCACAACGGACGCAAUCGCAAAUGAUUUCUUCUUCGCCCUCGUCAGGAUCAAGAAGUAGAGGUGGUGUAGCGAGUAGUAGUUCCGGCGUAGCGAGUAGUAGUUCCGGCGUAGGGCCUAGCUCCGAGGAUCUAGCUAGUAUCUCAGGCGACAAUAGAAAAGUUGGAGGCUCGCAAAGAACACUGUCGUUGGUCAAUCCGACAAGAGUUCAGAGGGCGAAUCCUGGUGAGAAUGAUGGGUUUAUCGGUGAUGAUGAUGAUGAUGAUGAUGAUGAAUUCUAG